AUGAAUGGCAUAGAAAUCCCGGGGCUCGGAUUUCCGGACACGUUUGCGGUGAAAAAGGAAGUAGAGAGAAAAUCAUAUAAACUGGUGUUAGAUUUCCAAGACGGCGCCAUCAGCAUCAUUGAAUCUCGCAACCUCGUGAAAGAGUUGCAUAAAGAAAUCCAAGAUAUUUCAGAAGAUGAAGUCGAAAGUCUAGGAACGGAAAUCGCAGACUCUGCCUAUGAAGAGAGUAGAGAUAUCCAUUGCGAAAGAUGUAAUAAAUUCUACCGCCCAUAUUGUCGCAUACAUCCACUAUACAAAAUUCCGGAUCGCGAGCCCCGAAAGGAUGAAAUGUCAUUAUUACCCUACUCACACCAAACUCUUCCAAUCUUAUUCCGUAUUGAAGCAUCAAGGCUUCCUAACGCAGGACUCGGUGUAAUUGCUGAGGUCUUUAUUCCAGUAGGAAUGAUGUUUGGACCUUACAAAGGAAUUCGUGUUCAUAGAAAAAGCGAUUUUUAUAAAGAUGGAUACGCCUGGCUUAUUAAAAGCGGCGACAAAAAAAUUUACAUUGAUGGUUCCGAUCCCCAGAGAUCGAAUUGGCUCAGAUACAUUAAUAGUCCGAGACAUGAGGACGAACAGAACAUGGUUGCCUUCCAAACAAGUGGACGAAUUUAUUAUCGAGUUAUCAAGCCAAUCAGAAUUGAUCAAGAAUUGCUUGUCUGGUACGGUCCAUCAUUCGGCGGCGAAUUUGUUGAGACAGAAGUUGGUGGGAAGCCGAAAAAACCCAGCAAGAACCCAUUCAUUUGUAUCUCGCAUAAUGGUUCCCGAAGGUAA